AAUUAAGUUGGGUUAAAUAGUACUUUUACUUUACCAAGUUUACUCGCUAGUCACUUCCCAGUAACCACCCUACCAACCCAUUUUCAUUUUUUUUCACCCUUCUCCGAAACCCUCGCGCCGCAAAUUUCAAUUUUUUACCACCCAAUCACACCAUGGACCUCUUAGCCGCCGCCACCGCCGCCGCCGCCGAUGGCGACAACUUCCCGGUCCCUGACCACGUCGCCCCAUUCCCCGAUUCCGGCGACCUCCUCUACGCCGCCAUUCCCACAUCCCUCCGCAGCAACAACCCCCAAAAGCUCCGCCCAAUCCGCUCCGUCGCUGCCGCUAGAGCAUCCUCUUUCCACCGUAACGGCCAGCUUCCAGAACCUCCCGAUACCGGUGGUUCCCCUUCGGUUGAAGAAGAUCGGCUUGGUUCCGGGUCGGGUCACGAUGACGGGCGCACUGUUCCGUUGUGUCAGGAAUCUGGCUCAUCUUUGGAUGAUGAUGAUGGUAAUGACAUUGAAAAUUCAUCUGGGAGUGGCAAACACCCAGGCAUGCCAAAGCGAAAGAGGAAGAUGGAGAGAAGACUCGAAGAUUUCGUGGAGAAUAUGGUAAAGAAGGUGAUGGAAAAGCAAGACCAGAUGCAUAAACAGUUAGUGGACAUGAUUGAAAAGAAGGAGAAGGAAAGAGUAAUGAGAGAAGAAGCUUGGAAGCAGCAAGAGAUCGAGAGAAUAAGGAAGGACGAAGAGGCCAGAACCCAAGAGAGGUCACGAAAUUUAGCCCUCAUAUCUGUCAUCCAAAAUCUGCUUGGCCAUGAGAUUCAAAUCCCGCAACCGGCAGAGGUAAGCAGCAAAGGAGAAGAGGACGAACCGGGACACGAAGGCGAGGAAGCGAAUGCUCAAAAGAGUCUCGGCGUCAGUGGUGAGGGAAGUAACAACAGGUGGCCUGAUGUUGAAGUUCAAGCGCUGAUAACCUUGAGAACUUCAAUGGAGCAGAAAUUUCAUCUUAUGGGAUCCAAGGUAUCAAUAUGGGAGGAGAUAUCUGAAGCAAUGAAUAAAAUGGGAUACCACCGUUCUGCAAAGAAGUGCAAGGAAAAAUGGGAGAACAUCAACAAGUACUAUAAAAGGACGAUAGGGAGUGGCAAGAAGCGGCGUCAAAAUAGUAAAUCCUGCCCUUACUUUAAUGAGUUGGAUGUUCUAUAUAGCAAUGGUCUCCUCAAUCUUGGAAAUCCCUUGAGCAGUAGUACCAAUGAUGUGUCCAAGAUUGAAAAGGAGGAAAAUGAAACUUGAUUAUCACAAAGAUGGAUGAUGUGAAAUUUCUUUCACUUACAAUGUGCUAGUGAUUUUUUCUAUUAUGUCAUCUCAUCUAUAUGAAACUUUGUUAGAAACAUUUUAUAAUCCAUCUAGUUAAAAUGGGAACUUUGUUUGAUUGUA